AUGCAAAGAGCCACCUCGCCGGUUGGCGACGACAUAUUAUCGAUCCCAUCACCAUCGAGUCAACAGGACUUGACGACUCUCGCCUCUCCGACACCCAUAUUGCCGUCGUUUUCGCUGGCCGAGAAGCUGCCCGUGAGCGCUAUUAGAAAUGGAAGUGUGAUGCCGGAAUCGAUCUCCAACUCGACUAUAAAUGCGACUGCGACACCAACCGCGCGUGACGCAAUGACGACGGAUCGCCACCCGAGCCACCCUCCACCCUCGCCCCUUGAUGCUCAAUCUAAAGAGCCCCGCGUCCACAACAACAUGAUAGUAGAUCCUACCGAUGAGAGCACUGUUUCUGUGAUCAAGGGCUCGGAUAACACUGCCGAGCCAUUGGCUGCCCAUACUGGAACAGAUGCAUUGAGUCCUCGGCGUGUAGGUUUCGGUGGUGCUCCCUCUCCCACCCAAGCGUCAUCGCAGAAGCAACUUAACGAAUAUCGAGAAAAGCUUGCACGCGACCUUGAACGCCGCGAAAUGUCUGCCCGAGGCUUGAUGGCAAGCCCUAAUGAAAAGAAUCGGGUCUCUCCUAUCCCCGAAGAAGGCCUUUCCAGUUCACCGCUUCAGACUUCAGCUCUGACAACGACCUCAACUGAGUCGAAUGCUACUGUUCGAGGUGCUCCCACUCCAGGGCCCGUCGCAGGAACACCGUCAUAUCCAUUUCCACGAAUGGCCCCUGCUGGUUUCGUGCCGUCAUAUCUGCAUAGACCUUUUACCACACUCUCACCUACAGGUGCUCCACGAUCUUUCAGCUAUGGUUCUUUUGACGCCUUGGGCAUGACUGCCCAGGAUAAGGUCCUUUCAAGUACUUCGACUCCAGCAUCCAACUUCACGUUCAACCCGUCCGCAAUGUCACCACAGCCUGAAAAUCUCGAUUUUCCCAAUCCUAACCUCUACGAUCUUUCUUUAAUGCUAGCUGCUGAGCCUGGAUUAGAUGCUUGGUGGUCGAAUGUUGUUCAAAUUAUGAGAGAUGUGUACAAAGCUGAACGAGUAACACUUGCUAUUCCAGCUGACACAACAGACAUCGAAAAUGUUCCUUGGGGCCAAAAAGCAACCUUCAAUCUUCACAAGGAAGACGAUCUAAGUUUGGGUUAUAUGGCAGCCAAACAGUCUAGUAGCGUCGUCAUGAGCACAAGCGACCACGAUAGAUCCUGGCCUGGUUCUAAUGCUACACCACCGAUUUCUGACGAUAAUCUGAAUACUAAGUCUGCCACCCGGCCAGAUUUAUUCAGUCGCCAUUCAUUCACGACUUAUGAGGAUAAGAGGGAGAAAACACGAACUCCACCCAACGCACAGGCUCGGCGGCCUGCGUUUCUUGCCAGGAGCCAAAGUAAUUAUCCCGCAGGUCCUGCCUCAAAAGAGUCCUAUCUCGAUUAUGCCAAACUGAAUAAGACGACACUUGACGAACAUGAUGCCAUUGAGCAACAAAUUCCAAGCUGGGAGGCGCCGCUCAUGGGUGAAAAGGAAAGCCAGGGGCGUGUUCUACCGGUAUUACAGGCUCUUGAUUAUGAGGCGGAUCCUUUGAUUGACCACAGUGGUAUCAUGCGAGUACUUGAACGCGGAAGAGCCAUUGCACUUACUAGAUCAUAUCCGUAUCUCGCUGAUGAAGCCCCGCCUGAGCCGUCGAAGAAACCAAAACCUGUCGCCCCAGAACCUUCCUCGAAUGCUCCAAGGAAUUUUGCCAAACCACGCUCGGACUCAUUCUCGAAAUUAUCAUCAAUGUUCAACUCGGCUAGUUCUUCUCGUGUACCGACUCGCAGCAAAACUCACUCAGCUGCCGACAGAGCGAAAUCAAUAGCCUCACGAUUAGAGGGCCGCUUAGAAGACGAUAUGCCUAGGCCUCCAACGCCUAAGUACGAAGAGUUUGAACAAGCGCCACCUUCGCCUUGGUCACAAUCGCCAGCUCCAUCACCAGCUGUACGCGCUGACCCUAAAGAAAACCCCUUUUUCACAGAUGCCAUGGUCGACGAAGAUUCGUUCAAUCCAGAUACUGGCACAGAGGAUUACACUGGAAUGCGGCCGCCCGAAGCUAUCGGUGUUGAUAACUCGUGGACGGUUCUUCACAUCCCCUUGUCUCACGUUCUUCUCUCGAAACCCGCUCGAACCUUCAAACUAGACAGCACUUUAAUGGAGCAAAGAUCUCACGCGCGCACCAAAAGCGAGAGUAUUCCUGCUCCUAGCGAGGAGGGUGGCCGUAACACACCAGACAGUCUUAAGAGAGAUAAGCCAGCACCGAUCGCUAUUUUAUCAAUUCUGAGCCCAAUCAUCCCUUACCCAUCUAAUCUCAAGCACUCCUUGGAACAUUUGGCACCUCAUAUGGCCACAACUUUCUCACUAUGCCGGCACUACAGUAAUCUUGAGACUGAGUUGGCAGGGCUUCAACGGAAACGGCCGCAGACGACUGGAUUUGGGGCGGUUGCACACGAUGGGCGGCCAUUGGAAAGCAUGGCUUAUCUAACUGCGGAUGACGUCGUUCCACACCAGUCUCUCGCUGGUAGUAUGACGAGUCCGAGCGAUUACUCUGGUGUUUCUAAAAGUGCUACUGGAUCUCCAUUGGGCACUCCUGGGUGGGACCAGGGAUCUGGAGGCUUUCAUGCCGACAAGCGGCCACCGCCGACCUCGAGUCCUGCUGCAACACCUCAAGGAGAGGGAUACUUCAGUUCGAGGCAAAGACCAGUACCCGCGCGACACGAAACAUUUGGCGGCAUAGGUACCCCACGGGCAAGAACAAGUUCAAAAGACACUUCUCCUGCUGAGAAGCGAAAUAUCCGAGUCAGCGGUUCUCUUCUUACACAAGAGAGUCCGGAGCAAAACUCGGCUGCCGAUAAAGCAAUUCGUACUUCUUCUGACGAAUCGACUGGCGGAUUGACCAAAAAGUCGAGUCACGUUGACGCUCCAGAUGUCAGUAUGGAUACUCUGGAUCCUACCAACAAUGACAAUACAGCUGAAGAUUUGGCUGACUCUACCAAGACCGGACGUGGCACUCGACAAGGGCACAGCAUGCUUCAUUCAUAUGGUGCAGAUUUUGCUUCCACUUUCCAAUCUCUUCCGCCGAGCUCUACACUCUCAGCCAGACCGACACCCGUUUCUGCACCUUCUCGGAGUGGCUCAUUGACUACCACAGCUGUUGAUAUGCCACCGCCUUCGGACAGACUCAAGGGACUGAUUUUAGAUUCCCUACCCGCGCAUGUAUUCGUCGCACUUCCGCAGACCGGAGAAAUUGUCUGGGUCAACAGCCGUUAUCUUUCGUACCGAGGCCAGACAGCCACCGACCUUGCCGCAGACCCAUGGGGUAGUCUUCACCCUGAUGACCGAGACGACUACUUAAAAGCAUGGGGCCAUUCUAUUCGCACGGGCGAACAAUUUUCGAGGACUGUUCGAAUCAAACGAUUCGACGGCGCAUAUAGGUGGUUUUAUGCCAGAGCAGUUGCAUCAAAGGAUAAGAGAGGGGUUAUCAUGCAAUUUCUUGGAUCGUACAUGGAUAUACACGAUCAGCACAUUGCGGAACUGAAAGCGGCGCGACAAGAGGAAAUCGAGGCAUCGGAGGCUAAACACCGAUUACUUGCCAACCUCAUCCCUCAGAUCAUCUUCACAGCGACCGAAGACGAAGGAAUCACUUUUGCCAACGAACAGUGGCUCUCGUAUACAGGGCAAAGCUUCUCUGACUCACUUGGAUUGGGUUUUAUGGACUUUGUACAUCCGGACGAUCUUGCGAAGUGCCGAAUUCCCUCUACCCAACCUUCAACCCCUGGCGGAAUACGACGUGAGGGCCAUAGCAAGAUAUACCGGCAGGGAUCUGCACAGUCUGAGGCGGCGUCAACUGCCACUAUUCAACCUCCCAAGUCGCAUACACCUCAAGACUCGCCUCUCCGUAAUGUGCAGCAAGCCCUGUCGCGGAACAACAGCUCUAGCAGCAGUUCAGCGUACGAAUGGCCUGCUGCAGACUUGACUGAACUGGCUCGAAAGGGAAUAAUCAAAGUGGCGACUGAUAGCGCUGGCCGAGUCUCAUACACAACUGAGGUUCGAUUACUGUCCAAGACUGGAGAAUACCGCUGGCAUCUGAUUCGAUGUGUCGAGAUUGACACUAUUGAUUUCGGCAGUGGUGCUAGCUCCUACUUUGGAUCUGCGACAGACAUCAACGACCACAAGCUUCUUGAGACCAAGCUCAAAGAGGCCAUGGAAACCAAGGGAAGAUUCCUGAGUAACAUGUCCCACGAGAUUCGUACUCCUUUAAUCGGAAUUUCGGGCAUGGUAAGCUUCUUGCAGGAUACUACUCUGAAUGAAGAGCAGCUCGACUACACCAACACCAUACAGACCAGUGCCAACAGCUUGAUCAUGAUUAUCAAUGACAUUCUAGAUCUAUCUAAGGUCGACGCUGGCAUGAUGAAACUAAAGUACGAAUGGUUCCAUACCAGGUCCAUCAUCGAAGACGUGAACGAGCUUGUUUCCACAAUGGCCAUUGCGAAACGACUCGAGUUGAACUAUCUCGUGGAGGCCGAUGUACCUGCAUGGGUCAAGGGCGAUAAGGUGCGGAUUCGCCAAGUUCUCCUCAAUGUCACUGGCAAUGCCAUCAAAUUCACUUCAGAGGGUGAAGUCUUCAGUCGAUGCCGUGUUUACGUCGCGGAGGGUUCCCAUGUCGAUGAGAAUGAGAUCAUGCUGGAGUUUUCUGUUACCGAUACAGGUCGCGGAUUCUCAAAGGAGGAGGCGGAGUUGAUUUUCAAACCUUUCAGUCAGAUCGAUGGAAGUAGCACCCGACAACACGGUGGGAGUGGACUGGGCCUUGUCAUUUCUCGACAGCUUGCUGAGCUACAUGGCGGUAGCAUGACGGGACGCGCAACGCUGGGCAAAGGCUCUACCUUUACCUUCACAGCGCGGUUUGGCCUUCCUACAGCUGAUGAUCACCCUAACCUGCCUGACAGCCCUCCUGCUACUGGUGCUUUCACGCCUAGACCGGAGAUGGUUGAUAAUGUUCCCAGCACUAUCAAGCCUCUCCCUCCGCCAAAACAUUUACGCAACGCCGAAGGCGCUAGCCCUGGAGGCACAGUAUCAGAGUUUACGUCACCUGGAGGCCUUUCUGUUGGUAGCUCCAACCCGUCUGUCCGUUCAGCUAAGUCGCAAGUCACCGACCGAUCCUCUGCAACAUCUGUCACCGGUGGUCUGGCCCGAUUCAGCGAGGCGGCUAAAGCUAGUGGGCAAGAUUUGUCUCAGAUGAAGUUGGAGAUGCCCUCAGGGCGCAGCUCUCCUGGUACUCAUCUCUUGCCUGGCAGUGGCUCACCUGAGGACUUCCGACCACCCAUGUACUCAAUCCUCAUCAUCUGCCCGCAGUUCCAUAGUCGCGAGGCCACCACUCAACAUAUUGAGAUGACUCUACCAAAGGAUGUACCUCAUCAGAUCACAGCCUUGGCGAGCGUGAAUGAGGCACAGACAUUGAUUGGUGGUGAGGAUCCUAUCAAGUUCACACAUAUCGUCAUCAACCUUCCCUCUGCCGACGCUAUCAUUGGUCUUAUGGAUGACAUUACGAAAUCACAGACAAUCGAUAAGACAACUAUUCUCGUGCUGUCAGAUUCGGUGCAACGACAAGCUGUCAUCAAGUUGGCGGCCAACACUAAAUAUGAGCAGCUCCUCUCAGAUAACAUGGUGACUUUUAUCUACAAGCCUGUGAAGCCGUCUCGAUUCGCUGUCAUAUUCGAUCCAAACAAGAUGCGUGAUCUUAGCAUAGAUCGUAAUCGCUCUACGGCGCAACAAAUGGUCGAGAAUCAGAAGGCUAGCUACCAGGAGAUUGAACGGCGCAUGGGCAACAAGGGCUACAAGGUGCUCCUAGUCGAGGACAAUCCUGUCAAUCAGAAGGUUCUCAUGAAGUAUCUCAAGAAGAUUGGGGUUGACGUCGAGAUUGCCGUUGAUGGCGCAGAGUGCACCAACAUGGUUUUCUCAAAGCCACAUAAGCACUACUCGUUGAUUUUGUGUGAUCUACAUAUGCCACGAAAAGACGGCUACCAGGCGUGUCGUGAGAUUCGACAGUGGGAAAUUGCCAACAAUUUCCCUCAGAUGCCUAUCAUCGCCUUGUCAGCCAACGUCAUGUCAGACGUUCAGGAUAAAUGUGUCGCUGCGGGAUUCAGUGACUACGUCACGAAGCCAGUCGACUUCAUCGACCUCAGCAGAGCUAUGUCCAAGUUCUUCUGA